UUGAAAGUAUCGCUUUCAGGAUACAAAGAGCUUUGCAAGAAGGAGACAGUCUUUCCCUCUGGGAAUAACCUCCAGUCAAAGGAGACGGAAAAUGUUUACAGUACAGUACGUUAAAUUUACCUCUGAGGACAAUGACAGACAAAGGAGAAGGUUUACGCCUAUCAUAACGAGCGAAACAGAGACGCGGUCCUGUUACAGCGCACCUGAUUGGCUGAAGGAGCAGCAGCCAAACAGGCGGAGGACUAUUUGAGGUGUGCGCUGCUGUACUUGACUUGGGAAGUUCACGAGUUAAAUUAGUUUUGACCGACGUGGUCGUUGGAAAAGACCGCUAGACUCUACAUAUGGGGCUUGUUUCUACUCGGGUCGGACCGGGCUGAGCUAAAAUCAGAUUUGUUUGUACAUCAGAAGGAGCGUUCAGGGUGUGUCUGGAGAUUCAGUCAUCAAACUUUUUGAUGUUAAUGUGAACGGUAUUUUUUGCUUUGAAGUGAGAGGAAAGAGAAAGGUGGCUGAAACCCGAGCGCCACCAUGCCGAGGAAUGGGGGAGUUUGCGCGGUGAAGAGGAGGAAGAAGCCCGUUCAGAAAAUCGUGAAGCCUCCGCCUGUGAAGACCAAUCCGUCCAAACGGCACCGGGACCGUCUGAACGUGGAGCUGGACCACCUGACCAGCUUGCUGCCCUUCCCUGAGGACGUCAGAGGUCGCCUGGACAAGCUGUCUGUGCUCCGGCUCAGCGUGGGAUACCUCAAGGUUAAGGGUUACUUCCAUGCGGUGCUCCAGAAGAGGUCAGCCGUCCCUGCAAACGGCACCAAUGCAGUGUCCUUGGAUGGAGUCAGCUUCUCCGAGGGAGACCUCCUCCUCCAGGCUUUAAAUGGUUUUGUGUUGGUUGUGACGUCCGAUGGGACCGUCUUCUACGCUUCGCCGACCAUCGGGGACUUCCUGGGCUUCCAUCAGUCCGACGUCGUCCAGCAGAGUGUUUUCGAUCUCGUUCACGUGGACGACAGAGAGACGUUCAAGUGUCAGCUUCACUUCUCCCUCAACCCCGACGAGGGCGGCUCACAGAAUGGGCAGUCUGGCAGUAAAACCGCCGUGAACCUGUUGCCUCAGCACAUCCCUCCAGAGAACUCGUCUUUCCUGGACAGAAGUUUCUGCUGUCGCCUUCGCUCCCUCCUGGACAACACGUCUGGAUUCCUGGCUGUGAACUUCAGUGGACGUCUGAAGUACCUGCACCUGCAGGGAGCUGGCGCUGAUCCUCCUCAGUUGGCUCUGUUUGCCAUCGCCACAGCACUGCAGCCUCCUUCAGUCAUGGAGAUCCGCACCAAGACCUUCAUCUUCCAGACUAAACACAGGAUGGACUUUGCCCCUGUGGGCAUAGACACCAGAGGGAAGCUGGUUUUAGGAUAUUCAGAGAUCGAGUUGGUCACAACAGGCUCUGGCUAUCAGUUCAUCCACGCUGCGGACAUGAUGUACUGCGCUGACAACCACCUCAAGAUGAUGAAGACUGGAGACAGCGGCUUCACCUUCUUCAGGCUGCUGACCAAAACUGGACGCUGGCUGUGGGUUCAGGCCUCGGCCAGGAUAGUCUUCAAGGGAGGAAGACCAGACUUCAUCAUCGCCCGUCAAAAAGCCCUCACGAACGAGGAAGGAGAGGAACACCUGCACCAGAGAAGACAGCAGCUCCCCUUCAACCUCGCCACCGGUGAAGGCGUCCUGUACGACUCCUGCACGGAUGCCUUCUCCAUGUCUGGACCUCCUGGCUCGGGUACACCGGGCGCCUCUGAGCCCACAACAGAGGAAGCUUUGGACCCCGCUUCCCUCCUGGGAUCCCUUCAACGGCAGGACCGCUCUGUUUACAUGCAUCCACAGAAACCCAGUCCCCAGCUCCCGGUCUUUCCCCAGAUAGAGGAGCUGGAUUUGGAACAACCCCAGUCGUCCAUGGAACAAGCCUUCCUGGACAGCCACGCUCUGCUCAGUGUGCCGAGCGAGUCUGAAGCUUCACAGGCAAGGUCCGUUACAAUGGACGUCACAUCGGAAGCCAUGAUUGACUCACUGGAGCAGAUUUUGAGAGACAUCGGGGGUGGAGGGAUAGACGGAGUUGACGUUGAGGAGACAGAGCUGAGGGACUGGGAGAACACUCUCUGUAGGAUGAAUAACGAGAGGGAAGACGCAUCACAGGAACUCAACCAAAUCCUGGCCAAUGAUGUGUUCUCGUACGUGGAGGAGGCUCUGAGGAGAGAGACGGGCGGGUUUGUGCAGGGUUCAGACCAGACUCACCUCCCUGUGGACGGUUUAUCCAUUAAAGCACAGCAUCCUGGGUCCAGUGAGCCCCCACCGACGGACCCGACAUCCGGAGGUGUUGUCAGUGGUGUCGGUUGUUCGACUGGACUAAAUGGUGCUUCUCACGUUGUGUGUCACAGGGCUGCACACACAUGGACACACACUCAGCAGGGACACACCUGUCGGCUGGAGCCUCCGGGCAGCAGCAACCACCACUGUGGCAGCCAAAUGAUCUCAACACAGUCCUGCCAUGUGGAUCACUCGCAUCCUCACGCGUCACAACAGUCUUGGCUUCCAUUUGUUCAAAGCACUGACGGUACCCGCGGCAGCCGUCGACCUGGCUCAGAGGAGACACAGCUUCAGAGCCUUUGGCACACACUGACACACUCCUCACACACACCAGGCAGCUUGAACUCAACGGCUUCAUCACUCCUCCCACAAAUGCAGCGAUUAUCCGGCAGCUGCAUGUAUGAAACAAGAGAGGGUCACAUGGCGAACGCCGCCACUGUUCCUGUCAGACAGAACGGGCCCCUGCUGGGAGCCACGAGCUCCAGAGGGCCCUCAUAUGUGGCAGGGGUGACCGCAAACGGUCCUGUCAUGCCGUCCUAUCCAGGCGUGGCAGCCGGAGGCCUCAACCAGGGACCGGCUGCCUGUACAGAUGUGGGCAACAUCAGUUUGGUUCACGUGAGUGGGGGCAGCGCUGGCCGGGGAACAGCUCGACCUGAAAGUGGAUCGUUACAGUCGUCCUUCUUCUGCUGGAACGGUGAAGAUCAGAUCCCCAAAGUUCCCCUGAACGGUGUUGCUGACCCGUUUGCCUUCCCGGCCCUUCCUGCUGGGAGCAUCAACCUUUCCCAAAACAGUGGCACAUAGUGGCCUUCAGAGACCCUGAUCGGACUGAUAACAUGUGAGCAAAGCACUUCUGAGGUUAUACUGCAGACAAAUGAAGAAAUUCUGACUGACUGAUUUUUAUAGGUUUUUAUAGUCUGCUGUGAGUCACCAAGAAAUAUGACCCUUCUCAUUUCAAACCAAAAACACUUUGCUGCAUUACAGCAUUUUGCUGGUAAUGUGGGUUUCACUUUCUCAGCUUGUCAAAUAGUGCAGUCAUCAGAUUUUUAUUCAUAUUCAUGUUGCAAGUGAGCAACAGAGUUGUGAGGCCAGAAGAAAACGUCGACUGCAUCACGGAGAGAGUGCGGGAUAAAGGGCGUGUGGCGUUCACGUGACGGCGUCGCAGCAGGUUAACUCCUGUACAUCACGAUGUGAAGCUGUGAAGGCUCAGCUCUCGAGUGGGCAGCACAGACAAGAAGGAGGAAAGCCAUUCGUCUGUGAUACUUUGAAAGUAAAGGAAUGUGUGAACCUUAUGUUGUUUACCUGCUUUAAAGAAUAGUCUGACUUACUCACCUGUACAUUCAAGCAGUUUUCGCUUUGCAGCUCAGGAGGAAAACAAACCUAAAAAGCCUGCAACUCUGAAAACAUCAGCCGUCUGUCUGCUGUUGCUUUGAGACGGACUCGAGACUGAAAUGUUUGUUCAUGUUGUCCUGACACUUUUCUCCAGUUGCUCAACAAGUUUAAAAGAACUACAAAAUGCUUUUGUGUUGAAUAAACACGUUAGUCAUGAAGCUCACACAAUGAAGUAUUUAAAUACUGUAAAAAAAACAUGUUUCACUUCUCACUACCCACUGCUGUUGUGCCCUUGAGAUGCAAGUUAAAUCCCAGCUGCACUGCCUGAUAAGAUAAAAGAGGACUUUUCACCCCCACGUUUAGCACUUAUUUGUGUUAAAGAUGGCUGAGAUGAGGAUGUUGUUCAAGUGUUUACAGCUUCAUUAUGGUGAGUUGUAUUUUGAUCUAAAACGCUGAGUCAUUGUUUCAUUCAUCCUCACUUGUGAUGUGGGCACGAUGGCAGCUCUGUGUGUGUGCGCUCAGUGUGAACACACGAAACCGGAGGGAGAUUCAGUGGUGUGUGACCAAACCGUGUGUUUUCUGUUGAAGUCGCCUCUCAGCUGCGGCGCCUGUAGGAAGCCGCCAUGUUAUUGUGCUUGUGUAAGUGUGUGUUAAACUGCAGCUGCUUUGUAUUCCUUGUGUAGAAGACAUAAAAACAGAGGACGAGUCUAAUUUAUUCUGCCAUUAAAGAACCUAAGCCUCG